UUUGGACCAAAAUUGAAGAAAAAAGGGACAUGAUGAAUACUCACACUAAUGGCCUGAAAACCUUUUAUUAUUAGACGAAUUCAAGAUUGUAAUUUGAAUUGGCUCUGCCUCCCCUGUAUUUCUGUACUACUUCUCAGAUGUCCCUGUCUGUUACGACUGUCUCCGACUUGAUACUAAAGUAUUAAAGAUUUUAGACUCUGUAGUUACGCUUUCUAAUCAACUGGAAAAAUAAUCAUUGGAGAUUUUUUUUCCAUCAAACAUUGUCAAGUUCUUUUUAUCAGUGUUUGUUUAGGCAUAUUUCUCAAGUGAAGUUUGGGCCACGUGAUCUGUGUGGCCAUGUCCACUCAAAAGCUGUUUGUUGCCGCCGCUCGCAAAUGUUUGUCUGUUGGAAGGAAGUACCUUUCCAUCCCCCUGAGCCUGGACGUGGCUGUCCAGGUCUUGGCUGUUGACUUGGGCUUGAAACCGGCUCUGCUGUACGAUAUAAACAGCAGCAGUGCAGAGCAAGUGCAGCAGUAUCUGAUCACACUGCAGUCUGCCCAACUCGUGUCCCGAUCUCUUGUCACACUGGUAGUAAGUGGUAACAUUUUUAUUGUUAAUCUAGCAAUGGUAAAGGCAAAUUUAGAACAGCUGCUUGACAGGAGCAGUGUGGCUGUGAUUGAUGUUUGCCACUCACUGGAAAAGCCAAGCAUCACUGACGCACUGAGUGGAGAUUUAAAAAGCAUGACACAGGAUUUACUGGCCAUUUUAAGUGGGUUUGCACAACUGUCCGAGGUAGAGAAACCUCUUUAUAUUGGAGAGCAAUCCGAGAAGUGGAACUUGUGCACCCUCUUUGGCAUUUUAUUGGGUUACCCGGUCACCUACUGGUUUGAUCAGAACAAGAGCUUUGAAAACUGCCUGGCGAUGACACCGCUAACAGUGACUACGGCUUCAGUGACGUGGCAGGCGGGCUCUGAGGGCCACAGAUGCUGCCUGUACUCCUUCAGUGUCCCGGCUGCUCUGCAUGAAGCGACUCAGUCCGCCCUGGAAGAGUGGACCGUUAGUCUUCAAGAGAGAUUUCAGCAGCAAACGGUGUUAAAGGAUCUCAGUGUCUGCAAAUCUGUAGUCACACUGCCCUCAGUCUGUCUAUGAUGCUGGCAGAUGUUUGUCUUUGAAAUGAGCGACAUUUUGUCAAAAUGUGGGUUCAAUGUAUCACUCCAUUAAACUCUCACAAAAACAAA